GUCUUUGGCGAAUCCGAUUAGUGGAAUGAGAUGUCCCAUGCCUGGAGUCGGUAACAUGACUAUGUGGGGUUUCUCUGCCAUGGUCGAUCUGCGAAAGCAAUGGUAUAAACUUGAACAUGCUAUCGGAUGGCACAAACUAGAUUACUUCAAAGAAAUCGAUACCCAUGUUUCCGACUAUCCUGAAUUACAACGGGGAUGCAGAGUUAUGCUAUCUCAGGUGACUUUAGCAAUGCUUUCUCUACUUAAAUUUGAUGAAAAACAUUGAUGGGAAACCAACUGUGUAUGAUUGUAAUGCUUUGAUGUACUUUUACUUGAGGUCUAAGAAAGCGUGUUGGCAAGAGUUGGUUGAAAUGUAUACCGGGAUGAAGAGGUUUGGUCCUCCACCAGUUGCAUCCACUUUUAAUACCAUUCUUAAUGGAAUGUUACUUCUUGGUGAUCUGAAACAUGCAAUUUUUAUUGUUGAAGAGAUGUAUAGAAAUCAUUUUAUGCCAUCCUUUACUUCUUUAUCAAAAACGUUGAAAAUGGCUGUCAAAGUAGGGAAUUUACUUGAUGGUCUUCUUGUUUUUGAGCUCAUGUUGAGGUAUGAUUAUCACCCAACAGAACCAACUUUGAAUAAAUUUAUUUUAAUGCUUUGUGAUGCUGGGAUGGUUUCUGAUGCAUGUUUUGUGUUCUCUGUUCUUUUGAGAAACAGUUAUGUUUAUAGUGUAUAUUGUUAGAAUCCUAUUCUUUGGGCUUUAUGCAAGACCGGUCGAAGUUAUACUGCUUUGCAAUUGUUUUAUUUGAUGAAGAAGAAAGGGUUUGUUCAUAAUGUGUGUUCCUAUACUGCUUUGAUUUAUGGGUUCUGUAGAGAAGGCCUGUAAGAUAAUGUUUUUCAAUGGCUGGAUUUCAUGCAAAAUAAUGGUUGUAAGCCUAAUGUGAUUACGUACACGAUAAUUGUUAAGUUUCUUUUUGAUAAUGGAAAGUUUGAGGAGGCUAUGGACUUCGUCAGUAAGAUGGAAAGGGAAGGUUGUAACCCUGAUCUGUUUACUUAUAAUGUCAUUCUUCGUGAGCUUUGCCAUAGAGAUAGACUAGAUGACAUUUCUGAGUUAAUUCAGGUGAUGGAUCAAAAAGGUCUUUCUCCGGAUUCAUAUUCAUAUGCUGCUUUGUGUGGAGGCCUGCUCAAAAUAGGAAAAAUAGGGGAUGCAUGUGAACUAUUCCUUGAUAUAUUUUCCAAUGGAACUGCGGAUGUUGCUGUCUAUAAUAUUUACUUCCAAUGUUUAUGUCAAGAGAAUAAAUCAAGAGAAGCAUUGUCUCAGUUGAAGCGCAUGAUGAAAGUUGGCUUUAAGCCAAACAAGCUAGAAUUUCAGAUUCUUUUGAGUCUAGUAGUGAGGAAGGUUCAUCCUCAGAUGAAGAAGCCCCUGCUAAGAAUAAAAUACUUGUUGCUAAAAAGGGGUCUGUUACUGUUGCUAAGACAAAGAAAGCAGAUAGCAGUUCAGAUUCUUCUUCUGAUGAUGGCUCUGUUGAAAAAUAGGAGUCUGCUGUAAAAACAAAGGUAGCAGUUGUUAAAAAUGGCUCUGCACCUGUUAAUAAAGGCAAGUCUUCUAGUAGUUUGGAUUCUUCAGAUAAAGAUAGUAGCUUAGACGAAGAUGAAGUAAGUAUUUGAUUGUUGAACUGUUAAACGAUCUUUGGUUUUUAAUUUAUCAAUUUGAAAGCUCUUCUGAUGAAGAGGAUGUGAGUGCUGGGAUGCCACUAAAGUUACAAAAGAAAAACAAAUCCAUGGAAUAUUUAUCAAAGCUUUCUACUUAUGCAAACAUGUCUUGAAAGCCUGUAAAAAUAUGGGUUUAUGAUAGACCAAGAUGUCCUUAAAAAACCUAUAGUUUUAUUGGUAUUGAAUAUUAUUAUGUUUGGUAACUACAGUAAUUUAAUAUAUUCUUGUAUAGGAACCUUAAAAAGGUUGUUUUGCCGAAUUCAACUUAAACACUUAACAAACAACUUUUAUGUUGCUAACAAGAUCAGGGAAAGGCAAUGGACUUCGUCUUCUGAUCUAUAUUUGGCAAGUUCGAUAUCCUUGUAUUGGUAAAAGAACAAUUCAACUUCAACAACUUAAGACAACUAUCAAAAUAUCUUAAUUAGAAAUCACAUAUUGCAUGCUUUGAAGAUGCAUUUGUAAAAUUUUAAUCAGCAUAACAUUUUGUUUAUGGCCACAAGAAGAUACUUCUUAUUGAAUCUAUGUGUUGAUGUUUUUUCACCAGAGAAAAGACACGUAAAUCAUUAAUAUUGAGAAUCAACCUCACAUGUUUUCUCUUGUUCUCGUAUGCAGUGGAAGGGGGAAAGUCCUUGCUUUCGGGAGCAUCGAUUUUUUUUCCAUCUAGAGCAUCUCAUGCCAAACAUCUUAAAUGUAGGAUAGGUGAUGUGUGUGUAUUUUUCUUUCUCUUUAAUUUGUUCCCUUUGGCCAUACCCCUUAAUGUAAUAUUUAUCCAAGUAUCUCUUAACUCUCAUGAUAUUACUCUCUUUUUUUUUUAAUGCUUGGUAUCUAAAAUAAAUUUCUCUGCAGAUAUUUGAGAAGAACCCUACCAAGAUCAAGAAUUAUGGUAUAUGGCUCUGCUACCAAAGUCGUACUGGUUAUCAUAACAUGUACAAGGAAUACCGUGACACUAUUCUAAACGGAGCUGUUGAACAAAAGUACACUAAGAUCGUUUCUCGCCACAGAGUCCGAUUACCAUGUAUCCAGAUUAUCAAGACUGCAACUAUCCCAGCCAAGCUAUGCAAGAGAGAUAGCACCAAGCAGCUCCACAACUCCAAAAUCAAGUUCCCAUUGGUGUUCAAUAAGGUAAGGUCGCCUACCAGGAAGCUGAAGACCACUUACAAGGCAUCAAAGCCUAACUUGUUUAAGUUCUCUCAUUGCAAUGAAAAGAGAGUUAAUGUGGUUUAUGGUUCUAAAAUUUUUGGUAGUGAACAUCUGUUAGUUUGUUGAUUGGAUAUUGUUUUUCAUUUGAGAAGCCUAGGCCAUAUCUGACUGGUUGAAGUUGAAUUUUCUUUAAUUUACAACCACAUUUUGUUUACUUCGAUGAGCUUGUUUGCAAUGUUUGAACUUUAUUGUCUAGGGUUUUUGUUUCUCAAAGGCAACUAGGACAUUUUAGUAAAAGAAAUUGCUGGCUAUAUUUCACAAGUUUUCUAAUAAA